ACCGCAGCUGCAAUCCAGACAGAAGCACACUGAUGCCCACACAGCGUUUGUCUUUGCGCGCCGUACUGUACGUUACAGCAAAGAAGCAGUGUAGAGUGGAAAAUGCUGUACUGUAUUGAAUUGAAAGGCACCGUUUGUAGCCCGGGCCGCAUUUCCUUGACAGCACAAUUUCUCAACCCCAAGCCCCACCUCUAUCGGAUGAAAUGAGAAGCUACGGGUAAUUUGAUUGGUAGAGUAUGUGCUUGUCAUUGCUCGCACUGUACACCGGUGAAUGUAGAGGGGGCGGGUGAGAAAGACUAAGAAAAUUAUAAGGUCAUUUGAAUUACUGUACUUUGCUAGCUGCCUGUAGAUACGAAGUAAAAUGAAUACAGAGAUAAGAACAAGCAGAUGAAUUGAAUGGGAGUAAAGUACAGGCAGGCGCCGUACGAGUGUCAUAGUAGAGGAAGAGCGGCACAUCGCUUGCUAGCUCGCUAUUAGUGAGGACCGGGUGACAAACGCAUGAAGUGGCUAACGUUAGCUGAGAACCACAGCACAGGAAGGUUUUGCUAAGCCGAUCAAGGUGGAAUUGAAGAACGGGUUGUUGGUUCAUUACAUCAAAUUCACGGAUCUCUCUUGGGACCUUGAGGAUGUUGCGCCUGGCCUGUUGCACUGCCCUUCUAUUCCUGUUUCGGCUGAUCUUAGGGCUGCCCUGGCUGCAGGUUGUCCCUAGUCUCCUAAUUUUCUACCUGGGUUCCGGUGGCUGGAAGUUUGCACACAUCUUCUUGAAGACUGUGGGAAGAGAUGUGCAUGCGGCGGGCGUGCUGCUCAAGGUGAAGCUGAACGUGAAGAAGCACCUGCGGGAACGCAACACCAUCCCCAAGAUCUUCGCCGAGACGGUGCAGCGCUUCGGGGACAAGACCGCCCUGAUCUUCGAGGGCACGGGCGAGUCCUGGAGCUUCAGGGAGCUGGACGCGUACUCGAACCGCGUGGCCAACGUCCUGCUGCAGCGGGGCUUCCAGGAGGGCGACGUGGUGGCCCUCUUCAUGGAGAACCGCUCCCAGUACGUGGGGCUCUGGCUGGGCAUGGCCAAGAUCGGCGUGGAGGCCGCACUCAUCAACUUCAACCUGCGGCUGGAGGCCCUGGUGCACUGCGUCACCAUUUCCAACGCCAAGGCCGUGGUGUUCGGCACGGAGCUGUCUGACGCGCUGUGCGAAGUUCACAGCUCCAUGGGGCGGUCGGUGAAGUUGCUCUGCUGCGGGGACCUCGACCCCAAGCGGGUCCCGGAGGGGACGGAGAGCCUGGAGCGGCUGCUGGAGGCCGCGCCCGCGCACCAGCCCAGCCCACCUCAGCGCUGCUUCACAGACCGGCUCUUUUACAUCUACACAUCAGGGACCACGGGAAUGCCCAAGGCGGCCAUUGUUGUGCACAGCAGGUACUACCGCAUGGCUGCCCUGGUGUACUACGGCUUCAGAAUGAGGUCUGACGACGUGCUGUACGACUGCCUGCCCCUCUACCACUCUGCAGGUAAUAUUGUGGGGGUGGGACAGUGUCUAAUCCACGGCAUGACCGUCGUCAUCAAGAAGAAGUUCUCAGCCUCCCGUUUCUGGGACGACUGCGCUAAGUACAACUGCACGAUUGUUCAGUACAUCGGGGAGAUCUGCCGGUACCUGCUGAACCAGCCGGUGCGGGAGACGGAGAGGCAGCACAGCGUGCGCAUGGCGCUAGGCAACGGGCUGCGGCAGUCCAUCUGGGAGGAGUUCACCACGCGCUUCAACGUGCCGCAGAUCGCCGAGUUCUACGGAGCCACCGAGUGCAACUGCAGCCUGGGCAACUUCGACAACAAGGUGGGUGCGUGUGGCUUCAACAGCCAGAUCCUGCCCUUCAUCUACCCCAUCCGGCUGGUGAGAGUGGACGAGGAGACCAUGGAGCUGGUCCGAGACGUCGAUGGGGUCUGCAUCCCCUGCAAGCCAGGUGAGCCGGGACAGUUGGUGGGCAGAAUCAUCCAGAGUGACCCGCUGCGCAGGUUCGAUGGCUACGUCAACCAGUCCGCCACCAACAAGAAGGUCGCCAACAGCGUCUUCAAGAAGGGCGACAGCGCCUAUCUGUCAGGCGACGUGCUGAUCAUGGAUAAGUACGGCUACAUGUACUUCAAGGACCGGACCGGCGACACCUUCCGCUGGAAGGGAGAGAACGUGUCGACCACAGAGGUGGAGGGCACCCUCAGUCGCAUCCUGGACAUGAAAGACGUGGUGGUGUAUGGCGUGGAGGUGCCAGGAGCCGAGGGGAAGGCCGGUAUGGCUGCCAUCGCUGACCCCACACACGCCACGGACCUGGAGAAGUUCGGAAGGGACUUGGAGAAGGCACUACCCCCCUAUGCCCGGCCCGUCUUCCUUCGCUUCCUCCCGGAGGUCAACAAGACCGGGACCUACAAGUUCCAGAAGACAGAGAUGCGGAGGGAGGGCUUUGACCCUCGCCUGGUGUCUGACAGACUGUACUUUCUGGACCCCAGCAGGGGGCAGUUUGUGAAGCUUGAUCAGGAGCUGCACUCUAACAUCCUCUCGGGGAAGCAGAAACUGUGACCUCGCCUCAGCCCCCCCCGCCCC